UAAUAGACACACACACACACUCAGCGCACACCUAGAAACACCCUGAGCCCGUUGAGCAGCACAUCCAGUAGACCCUUGGAGAUGCCGUGUGUGAGCACUCAUCUUAGGCAGAUUCUGAAGAUGCCCAGUAGUUACAACGCUGAGGUGGAUCAAAGCCUCAUGGUGGAGCAGAUUCUCUCCGAGUUCCGUCUGAAUAAGGAGGACCUGCAAGAGGUCAUGAAGAGGAUGCAGCUUGAGAUGGACCGAGGACUGCGUCUGGAGACACACAAGGAAGCCAGCGUCAAAAUGCUCCCCACCUAUGUCUGCUCUACCCCAGAAGGAUCAGUGUUUGCGGUCACGUCAGAGGUGGGAGACUUCCUCGCCCUGGACUUGGGGGGCACCAACUUCCGGGUGAUGCUGGUGAAGGUGGGCGAGGACGAGGAGCGGGGCUGGAAGGUGGAGACCAAAAACGAGAUGUAUUCUAUCUCUGAAGACGCGAUGACCGGAACCGCUGAAAUGCUCUUUGACUACAUAGCGGAGUGCAUCUCAGAUUUUCUCGGCAAACACCACAUCAAGCAUAAGAAGCUUUCUCUCGGGUUCACCUUCUCCUUCCCCGUCCGACAUGAAGAUAUUGACAAGGGCAUUCUACUGAACUGGACCAAAGGUUUCAAGGCUUCAGGGGCAGAAGGGAACAAUAUUGUGGGCCUGCUGAGGGAUGCAAUCAAGAGGCGAGGGGACUUUGAGAUGGAUGUGGUUGCCAUGGUGAACGACACAGUGGCCACAAUGAUAUCUUGCUACUACGAAGACCGCAGCUGUGAGGUUGGGAUGAUUGUUGGCACUGGUUGCAAUGCCUGUUACAUGGAGGAGAUGCGAACUUUGGAGCUGGUGGAGGGAGAAGAGGGUCGCAUGUGUGUGAACACAGAGUGGGGGGCCUUCGGGGACAACGGGGAGCUGGAAGACUUCAGACUGGAGUACGACCGGGUGGUGGACGAGUUCUCCCUGAACCCCGGACAGCAACUAUAUGAGAAGCUGAUCAGCGGGAAGUACAUGGGAGAGCUGGUCAGGCUGGUUUUGAUCAAGCUCGUCAACCAAGACCUGCUGUUUAACGGCGACGCUUCAGACCUGCUCAAGACACGCGGCGGCUUCGAGACGCGUUAUGUGUCCCAGGUGGAGAGUGACUCUGGGGACAGGAAGCAGAUCUACAACAUCCUGUCCACCUUGGGCUUGCUGCCGUCAGAGCUGGACUGUGACAUUGUGCACCUGGUGUGUGAGAGCGUCUCCACACGCUCCGCCCACAUGUGCGCCGCCGGUCUCGCCGCGGUGAUCAAUGUCAUGCGCGAGCGCCGCAGCCAGGAGGCCCUCAAGAUCACGGUGGGCGUCGACGGGUCCGUCUACAAACUGCACCCAUGUUUCCAAAACAGGUGCCACGAGGUAGUCCGGGAGCUCACGCCGCAUUGUGACAUCACCUUCAUCCAAUCAGAGGAGGGGAGUGGCCGGGGUGCCGCCCUAAUCUCGGCCGUGGCCUGUAAGAUGGCGGCCUGCAUGAUCACACAGUAGGGCCGUCGUCUCGCAGCGCCUCACUAACGGGAAUCUCCGACGGCCUUCAGAGUCCUUUUCCUGAGACAGUGUGGCCAGGGGGAGGAUCUCUGGCCAGAAGUUUGGAAGCACUCCUUGAGCUGUGGAAUGUCUUUCGCAAUGUAAGCAAGUGUCUACAUGAAGACCACCACAGACCAUCACUCCAUUUUUAAUAAUUACUAUCAACAUAACGUUGUUUCAGAUAUUUCUUAUAGGAUCAUCAUUUCACAAAACAAAAUCACAAAAAACGGAAAAAAUACCUGCACAGAAGUCAAUUCUAAGUUCAUAUGUCCGAGCUGAUAGUUAACAGACGUAGAUGGGCCCCUUUUAAGAUAACAAAUGAGUUGUUCAUGGGGUGUAGACGUGAAACUAAAGAUAAGCUAGUCUUGGUAGGACACAAUAACAGACCGGAUCAAGUGAAAGGUAGAGAAGAAGGUUGUAUGUCUCUGUAGGGAUCCUUUCCAUAAUGAAAGUGUGUAAGAUGAGCCUGUCAGUAGCAAAAAUAAGCACUUUUAAAAGACGUUCAUUGACGGGGCACUAUUGCCUCAAAGGAUUACAUUGCACACCGUUUUUGUGGAUUAUGGCUGCAGCUUUCUUCCUCAACACGACCAAUUUAGAAAAACAUUGCCACAUCAGUCACUUAGUCACUUACUGAUUUUUUAAAUAUUUUAUACUUUUUAAGAUAUUCUACUUUUAAAAUACUAUCUUUUUUUAAACAUGGGAGUCAAGGGGAGGCCUUCGAUAUAAUUUAAACUUUAUUCAUUAUCACAGUUUUAGUUUCCUACCGGCUUCGUUUUCUGUUGGUCUCAUUGAUUUUAUAUUGAAGCUGUAGCGUGAGGACGUCUAGCGGUGUUGCCAGAUUGGGCGUUUUUUCCCGCCGGAUUGGGCUAAUUUUGGAAGACGUUCAGCCAGUGUUGCCAGAUUGGGCUGCUUUUCCCGCUCUAUUGGGCUACUUUUAAUCACGCACCGGCUCGCUAUUCUCUUAAAGACACACACACACACACACACACACACACACACACACACACACACACACACACACACACACACACACACACACACACACACACACACACACACACACACACACACACACACACACACACACACACACACACACACACACACACACACACACACACCAGCACUGCAAUACAUUUGAACUUUCAGAUUCUUCUUGAACUUUUGUUCAAAUCCCUUCACUUGAUUUAAGCUAUUUAACGUUUCUUUAUGUCUUAAUCUAUGUGGCUUUAUUAAAAAUUAUUUUCAACCUCACUUUGUACUACAGCAUUCACCACGUUUUCUGCAGGAAAUGCAUUUUCUAGUUCCUUGUUGAAGCUUUAUUUAAAUGACUAUAUUUCAUGUUUUAAAGCAGGCACUAGUGUUUUUUUUCAGUUUCACUAUGCUACUGGAAGUUAAGCUACCAUGUUGUUGACUGUAUUAAUACAUGGAAAAUCUAAUACCAAGGAGAAACAUGCAGGCAUUUUUUUGUCAAUGUAUGGAAACUAUACCGAACCAUACUGAACCCUGACACAACCGUAUACGAACAUGAGGUUUUUUUAUCUGUUUCACCCCUACACUUUACAUAUAUUUGCCAAGAGUUGUUCAUUACCUUUUGUUUAUAUUGGCUUAAUAUUGUAUUGUGCUUUGUAUGAAAAAUAGACCUGACUGUAAUAGGGAUGUAACGGUAAACCCGAUAAUAAUGUUGUCAAUAACGAUUACCAUUUUCAUUUCAAAAUAAAAUUAUUAUCUCGGUGGAUAACCGCGCCCGCGGUUUGGAAACCGUUUGCUUAAAUCCUUACAAUCGCUUCAUCCGAGUCUCCUCCAGUUUCCGCGCAGGCUUAUUGUGUAGCCUAAAACAUAAUGUUUUUAAGUUUUUUGAAGUUGGAAUCAUACCAGAAGGAGGGGACGACAGCGCUCAAGACAUCCAUCAGCAUUCUAAUAGGGAUGUGCAUUUCUGGCAAAAAUGCUAUUCAAUAUUCGCUGAGAAGUAUUCGAAUAAUAUUCAAAAAGGGUUAGCUACAUGCGCCGAAAACAGACCUCUAUUUAUUUAUUUUACUGAACACAGAAUGCAUGACGGUGAACUAGACACAUCAAAAAACAUAUCUUCACACGGUGUGUCUUUUUACAAUUGAUUUGUUACCAGCAUUCGUACUGUUGAUCAGCAGAGAAAUAGUCCGCCAGACGUUGACGUCGCUUAGCAACCGAGGACGCUGGGGUUGAUAAGUUACCGGACAACUUGCGGAGUGCUACGAUAGAAAAAAAAAAUCGACUUAUCUCGACAGCGGCCAUGAUAUGCUUAGCAACGGUGAAUUUUCAAAAAAUAUUCACCACCGGAAGUUGUGAAGGCCCAUGCAAGUGAACGGAGCGUUCAACAGCAAUGAGAAGAGCUGGGUAAUAAAUAACGAUAGUCACAUUCAUUAUUCAAUAUUUUACGUGACUCAGACUAUUCGACGAUUGUUGCCCAUCCCUACCUCCUAAGAUGUCUAAGUCUGAAGUAUGGGGAUAUUUUGGGUAUUUAAAAAUACUGCGAUAAUACCGAAAACCGGGAUCAUUUUGGUCUCAAUAACCUUGAGGUUAAAUUUUCAUACCGUUACAUCCCUAGACUGUAAAUAUAAUUGCUAGAUAAUUAGGUAUGUUCGUUUUGAUGUGUUUAAUUUAAAAACAAGACUUUCAUUUGUAUUUCAGAUUAAUUUAAGAUUGAAGCGAGACUGAAACACUUUUGAGAGACAGCUGAUCCUCUACAGCAAGGUUUUAAUGACUGUUUCAACCUGUAAAUAAAGAGUUUUUUAAUGUCUCCGGUCCAAAAAGGUUUUGUGUAUUU